AUGAACCUAACUCGCGUUCCCUCGGAGUUCCGCCGAGUGUUUGGGCUGCGGCUGUGCUUGACUGAGUUCGGCGCAAACAAGAUCGCGCAAGUUGUUGCGAAGAUGGAUGGGCGGGUGAUUGGGGUUGAAGGGAGUGGAGUGAAGCGGUUUCUGCUGCUGAAGGAGGGGUCUGCAGGGGUUGGAGGCGGUGGAGAGGGUGCAGGGCAUGUAGGAAACGCUGGGUAUGCAGGGGAGGUGGGGUAUGGAGGGGACAGGGUUAAGGGAGGUGAUGGUGGUUUUGAAAGGAGCACAGGGAAUGCAGGGGGGUUAGGGAGUGCGGGAGGCUCUUGGAAAGCACCUUUGCUGGUUCCUGUGUCUGUUCUGACUAGUGCUGCUGCUCCUGAUGAUGAUGUGCGUGGGAAAGCGGGGAAGGGGAAAGGCAAGGGGAAGAAGACGGGGACGGGGAUGGGGAUGAAGAUGAUAAGAGGAGUAACGGGGGGUGAUGCUGAGAGGAGGGAAGGUGCAGGAGUUGGCGUGGGACCAGGGGAAGAGGGGAGGGUGAUCGGGGGAGAAGAGGGAGAGGUGGUUGUGGUGGUGGAGGGCGAGAGAGAGGGUGCUGCAAGAAACGAAGCAGUGGAGGAGGAAGGGAGGGGGGUUGAGGGGAAAAUGUUUACAGAUGGUGGCAGGAGAGGAAGGGAGGCGGAAGGAGCAGUUAUUAGUACGGUGGGGGAGGGUGAGAGGCAUGGGGUUUGGGAUGCAGGAGUUGCUGAGAGGGCAGUUUUGCCUGUAUGGGAGCCGUUUGCAGGGUUUGAGGACUUUAGUGGUGGUAUAGUUGGUGGCACAGUUGGUGCAGCUGAUAUCACUGCUGGUGCGGCCCUGUGUGGAUAUGAGACAGUUGGUGUUCGUGCGGUGGCCGGCGUGUGUGCUGCGUUGGCGUGUGCGGGUAGCAGCAGUGCGGCCUUUCCGGACCUAUUGACUGGAGACGAAUGGGUUGGGGCGCAGCGAGAAUCUUGUGACACAGAUGCUGUACUUUUGGAGGAGGAGGGUUUGAGAGAAGCAGAGGCGCAGGCGAAGGCAGGGACGAAGUGCAAGGGAGGGGGUGAGACAGACGCAGGGCCGAGAAGGGCUGCAUCAGAGGCAGGGGUGGAGGCAGUGACAGUGGUAGGAGGAGCAGUGCGGGGGAUACGGGUGGAGGGGAUGAGGCUUGGCUUGCCAAACCAUGCACCUGCAGGUGCAUCUGGUGGGUUGGUUAACCCAGGGUUACCUGGUAACUCGAUUGUUCGUUCUGGUGUGUUCAGUGGCUUCUCCUUUUUACCCGUUUGGAUGUGGAGGGGUGGAGGGGGAGGUGGAGGGAAAGUGCAUGGUGUAGAGGGGUGUGGAGAGAUUGCGGGUAGCGAGGCAAGGGGGGAGACAGAGAGGGGGAGUGGAAGCAGAAGAGGAGGCGGGGGCGAGAGUGGGAAUUGGGAGAGGCUUCUAGGGGAUUGGGAGAAGGUGUGGGGGAGUGAAGAGGCAGGCGGGAGGGGGAAGGGAGAGGAGAGCGGGGAGGAGAGCGCGGAGGAGAGUUGGGGGGAGAGUGGGGAGGAGAGUGGUAAGGAGAGUGGGGAAGUGAAUGGUCAGGAGAGUGUGAAGAAGGGCUGUGAAAGUGGAAAGGAGAGUGCUAAGGGGAAUGUCGAGGAAAGUGGGGAGGAGUUUGGUAAGGAUAGUGGGAAGUGGAGUGGGAAGGAUAGUGGGGAGGAGAGUGGGGGGGAGAGUGGUAAGGAAGUUGGGGGAAAGAGUGGGGAGGAGAGUGAGGUGGAGAGUGGGGUGGGGAGUGGGGUGGAGAGUGCUAAGGAGAUCCAGAGCGAGAGUGAUAAGGAGGAUGGGGAGGAGAGUGGGGAGGAGAGUGGUAGGGAGAGUCGGGAGGAGACCAUUAAGGAGGAGAGUGGGGAGAUAAAUUUUUGGGAAGAAGUAGAAGAGAAGGGAAAGAGGAAGCAGAGUGACGACAGAGUUGUGAAGGGGAGUGGGGAGAGUGGUGCAGGGGACUGUGCUCUGCACUGCCUUCCGCUCAAGCCACCCGUUUGUAUGGAGAGUAGUGAGAGCGGAAGAGAGAGUGCUGAAGGUAGUGUUAAGGAGAGCGGGGACGCGAGGGGUACAGAAAGUGGGGGAGAGGUUGGUGGUAAGGUUGGUGGUAAGAUUGGUGGUAAGAUUGGUGGUAAGAUUGGUGGUAAGAUUGGUGGGGAGGAGAGUUGGGGGGGGGAUGGUAAGGAGGUUGAACGGGAAAGUGGGGAGGAAAGAGAUAAGGAGAGUGGUGGGGAGACUGGGAAGGAGAGUGAUAAGGAGAGUGGUGUGGUGAGUGAUAAGGAGAUUGGGGAGGAGAGCGGAGAAGAGAAUGGUCAGGAGGGUGGGGAGGAGAGUGAGAAUCGAGAAGUGGGAAAAGAGAAGGAAAUUUGCAUUCUAGUUAUGCAUGGGAAUAGGAACUGUGUAGCAGAGGAGGUAGAGAGGUGUGGGGGUCAAGGGGACAAGUGGAGUGAGGCAGGGAUGACGGGUUUUGUACAGGAGAAGGAUGGCCGCGGGGGAGGAGAUGUGAUGGAGGGGUUACGGAUGAACAUUGUGAAGGGUGGGGAAAGUGUUGGGGAAGGACGUUUGGUGGGCGUGGAUGUGGAAGGGGGUGACGGGAGGUGGAGAAUGGUUUUUGAGGGAGGAGGGGUGAUGGGAGAUGGAGAGGGAGCACGUUGGGGAGGGUUGGUCGAAGUGGAAGGAGGAUUUGAGGGAGGUGAUGCAGUGGGAGGAAUGGAGGGAAUGGAAGGAAUGCAGACAGGGAGGGUGCAUGGAGGGGAGGGUGUGGGGAAUGGGGAGGAGAGAGUGGGGCAUGAAAGGAAGGAUGUGGGUCUUGAAGGGGAGAAUGCGCGGCAUAUAAAGGAGGGCAUGGGGCAUGAAGAGGAUGUGCUGGCGGCUGGAAGUGCGAUGGGCGGAGAUGGCGGGGAAGCAGGAGGCAUGGGUGAUGAUGGGAUGCACAUACCGGUACCAGUACACAGUGAGGAGGAUGCUGAGGAGGACGAAAUAAUUGUCUGGAGUGGUCUUGGAAAGGGAUCUGUGUAA